GCGGGGCCGAGAACCAAACCCACGCAACGUCUCCCGAGCGGCUGGGGGCGGGGCCGCCGAGUCGAGCCGAGCCGAGCGGAGUCGGGUCGAGUCGAGCCUCCAGCGGCCAGAGCGCAGGCCUUCCGCCGCGUUGAUCUUUCGGUUGCUGGUGGCCGUGGGCCGCGCGGUCUACGGUCGGGCUGAGACGCGCGCUGCAAUGGCGACCUUUGUGAGCGAGCUGGAAGCAGCCAAGAAGAACUUGAGCGAGGCGCUGGGGGAUAACGUGAAACAAUACUGGGCCAACUUGAAGUUGUGGUUCAAGCAGAAGAUCAGCAAGGAAGAGUUCGACCUUGAAGCUCACAGACUCCUCACACAGGACAAUGUCCAUUCUCACAACGAUUUCCUCCUGGCCAUCCUCACGCGUUGCCAGAUUUUGGUUUCUACACCAGAGGGUGCUGGAUCUUUGCCCUGGACAGGGGGCUCUGCAGCCAAGCCUGGAAAACCCAAGGGCAAGAAAAAGCUUUCUUCUGUUCGUCAAAAAUUUGAUCAUAGAUUCCAGCCUCAGAACCCCCUCUCUGGAGCGCAGCCCUUCGUGGCAAAGGAGCCCCAGGGUGACGACGACUUGAAGCUUUGUUCACACACCAUGAUGCUUCCCACACGAGGUCAACUUGAAGGGAGAAUGAUCGUGACCGCCUAUGAGCACGGGCUGGACAAUGUCACCGAGGAGGCCGUGUCUGCUGUGGUUUAUGCAGUGGAGAAUCACCUCAAAGACAUUCUGACUUCAGUUGUGUCCAGAAGGAAAGCUUACCGGGUACGGGAUGGUCACUUUAAAUACGCCUUUGGGAGUAAUGUGACGCCACAGCCGUACCUGAAAAACAGUGUGGUGGCUUACAACAACCUGGUUGAAGGUCCUCCAGCCUUUUCUGCUCCAUGUGCCAGCCAGAGCCCAGCCUCUCAGCCACACCCCGACGAUGCUGAGCAGCAGGCUGCAUUCCUGCUGGCCUGCUCGGGGGAUACGCUACCUGCAUCUCUGCCUCCAGUGAACAUGUAUGACCUAUUCGAAGCUUUGCAGGUACACAGGGAAGUCAUUCCUACACAUACUGUGUAUGCCCUUAACAUUGAAAGGAUCAUCAUGAAACUCUGGCACCCCAAUCACGAAGAGCUACAACAAGACAAAGUCCACCGCCAGCGCCUGGCAGCGAAAGAAGGACUUUUGCUCUGCUAAAUUAGAAUUUGAAGAUUUGGGACCAUCACUAAAUUAAUUGGUUGCUGAAAAUUGAAUGCUUUUGAGUCCACAUUUCAAAACUGAAGUGUAUAGUGUAUGUAUAACCUUUCCUAUGGAAAUGUGACAUUUGAGUGUAUUUUGUGUUGCUACUGUGAAGCCAUUAAUAUAUCUGACUGAUGACCUGUGUGUCUGUGUCCACAUGUAUAGGUGCGGUCAUUGUUCUGUGUCUGAAUAGGGAUAUUAAGACACCUGAGGUGUAUCUGGUCUGUCAGUAAGAUAAGUGACAUCAUAGAAUAAAGAUGCUGUUGCCAUUCAGCCCCAUGACUAGCAGGACUACUGUGUGUUCAGUUACGCAUGUUCUGUAUCUGGCAGCAUAAAAUCUGCUUUUCCUAAAGAACUCUACUCUGCAUAUUGGUGGACUAGCCUAGUGUUCAUCAGAAUCUUUUAGUGACUAGUUAGCAACUGUAGUUCCCAAGCAACCCGUUUUCACACCAGAGAGCAGGAUUUAGAUAUAUGCUUCUUGCUUUGCUUUAAUACUCCAGUCCAGUUCUUAGAUGUAGUUAUCCUUACAGAGUUUUCUGUAAUUUCCUUGUUUUAGCUGACAAGCUUGUUAAUUUUAUAGAAUGUUUUCAUGAAAUCUUACAAACUAAUUUUCCUGUUUCUACAAAAUGUCUGUUUUAUCCUUUCAAGUGGUACUAUGAACUUGUAUUUGACAGUGUUACUGGUAAUCAACUUGUUUUAAAGCUACGUUGCUUUUCACUCAUGUAGCAUUGAUGAGUGAGAUAGAUGUGUAGGUGGGUUUUUCUAGGCCUAAGCAGUGGAUACAUGUAAAUGUUUUUGUGUGUUCCUAUAUCUGGAUCUGUGGAUUUGGUUUUGUAUUUUAAACAUGACAAAUAAACAUUUUGGGAGAAA